GGGCGGGGGCGGGGCGCGCGCGUCGGGAAGAUGGCGCAGCGAUUGCUGAGGAGGGCGGCGCGAGGAGCGACGGCGGCGGCGCUGCCUAGGCUGAAAGCGUCCCUGGCAGCUGAUGUGUCCAGGCUUGGAUGCAGUUCCUCACUCAGCCACAAGUACAUCCCCCGGAGGGCCGUGCUGUACGUACCUGGCAAUGAUGAAAAGAAGAUAAACAAGAUUCCCUCCCUGAAUGUAGACUGUGCGGUGCUCGACUGUGAGGAUGGUGUAGCUGUGAACAAAAAGGAUGAAGCUAGAUUGAGAAUAGUAAAAACUCUUGAAGACUUUGACCUGGGCCCAACUGAAAAGUGUGUGAGGAUCAACUCGGUGUCCAGUGGUCUGGCUGAAGAAGACCUGGAGGCCAUCCUGCAGUCUCGGGUCCUUCCUUCCAGCCUCAUGCUCCCGAAGGUCGAAGGUCCUGAAGAAAUCCACUGGUUUACAGACAAAUUUUCAUUCUACUUAAAAGACCGAAAACUUGAACAACCUAUGAAUUUAAUCCCUUUUGUGGAAACUGCAAUGGGUUUGCUCAAUUUUAAGGCAGUGUGUGAAGAAGCAGUAAAGAACGGGCCUCAAGUGGGUCUUUUUCUAGAUGCUGUAGUUUUUGGAGGAGAAGACUUUCGAGCCAGCAUAGGUGCAACAAGUAGCAAGGAAACCCAAGAUAUCCUCUACGCUCGACAAAAGAUUAUUGUUGUAGCAAAGGCCUUCGGUCUACAGGCCAUAGAUCUGGUGUACAUCGACUUCCGGGAUGAAGAGGGGCUCCUCAGGCAGUCGAGAGAAGGAGCUGCAAUGGGAUUUACUGGUAAGCAGGUGAUACACCCGAACCAAAUUGCGGUGGUCCAGGAGCAGUUUUCUCCUUCUGCUGAAAAAAUUAAGUGGGCUGAAGAACUGAUUGCUGCUUUUAAAGAACAUCAACAAUUAGGAAAGGGAGCCUUUACUUUCCGAGGGAGUAUGAUCGACAUGCCAUUACUGAAGCAGGCCCAGAACAUUGUUACGCUUGCCACAUCCAUCAAGGAAAAAUGAUCUGCUAAACGAAGCUCUCAUCAGAUUCCAUAGAGGAUACUUAAAGUGAUAAUUCCGAGUUUCUGGAAGAAAAAUAACCCAACCUUUGCUAACGGUAAAGAUUCCUCAUAACUUUUUCGAGAGAAUCACCUCAUUCAUUCUCUUUUUCAUUCAACAAACACCUCUUGAGCAGGACUGGAUGCCAGACAGCUAGUCUGAAAGCCGCAGGACUGGUUCUGGACGCACUUUUCUUUUAAAAUUAAAAUGUCCUUCUGUGAAGUGAAAAAAGGAGUAAAGGCAUAAAAUACUAUCAAAUGUCAAAACAAAAAGAACUGCCACUGGCUACUGCAGUGACAGUAACAGGAGAGGUGCGAAUGAAGAAUCUGUAGCCUUUGAAAAACUACAUGCCAUAUGCUUUGAAAACCAGCCACUUUUUUUUUUUUUUCCCCACCUAUUUCAUCUCCUUCUCCCUAAUUCUUUUGGCCCCUGCGAGUUGAGCCAGGCUGCAGCCCUGACACCAGAGCCCUGCCUGAGGUCUGAGGAACGAAGUCAGCCUUUCCGCGUGUUUGUAAACAGCCUGUCAGAUUUGCUAAAAGAUCAAACACACUGGGUCUUGGCCCCAUUCUGCCCUUGGCCGGACACCGAGAAUUGGAAAGCUGCGCUCAGUCUUAGGGCCGAAUUUGGCCAACUCAGGGUGUUUUUCUCCAAUACGAGUUCUUGUUCCGGAAUCAGGACAGACAUUCAGGAAGGGCAGAGGGGACCAGACUUCUUGGAGUAUCACUGCCAAACCCUGAGUCAAAGACAAAGCUUCGCAUCACCAGGAAGAACCACCCAGGUUCAGAUCACCUGCGCCUACCUAUUGACCCAGGGGGGAAUCGUGCAACUCCAUCAGACUUCUCGGUUGCUCAGAAUCCAUUUCUCUGUCACACUGUGUGCAGCAUGUUGACACAGAGAAAACGGGACAUGGUCCCAGAGGUUAGUCUAAGCCCUAGAAGGAACUUCACAGAUCCCCUUCAUUAUAUCAGUAAGAGAGUUGAUACACUGAACACCAAAAGAAGACCAAACACCGACUAUAUCCCAACAUUAAAGUAUCUAGCUAAUUCUGAUGUAUGGCAGAAACCAACACAAUAUUGUAAAGCAAUUAUCUUUCAAGUUAAAAAUAAGUACAUUUCUUAAAAAAAAAAAACCUAGCUAAGGAGGUGAACUCAGUGAAAAGAAGGCUGGGUGUUUUUUGUUUUUGUUUUUUGUCUACAUAGUGCCACAUAGCUGGUUUGGGUUUUGUUUUGACUUGAAACAAUGCAUCCAGUUGCUUUGGUGAUUCAGACACAGAAAGAGUCCAGAGAAAACUGAACGUUCCAUCUGACACAGCUUUGUGGUAUGGAGACUUCCUUCAGAAGACUACCCACUCUAGGCAUCUUACUUAAUUUUUUUUCUUUUUAAUGGGCUCUUUUGGGUUCCAUGGAAGGAAGAACAUUAAACCAGCAUGAACUUCUGGCUUAGAAUCUCUGGGAAAACUGUGUUAAUAAUGCAAACUCCCAAAUUUGGAGAGGAACACAUCCGUUUCCUCCGUGGAGUUUCCAGGGACUGGAAUUCAGGCAGCGGCUUCCAGGGUGGCUCUGUGAUGCUCUUCCCAGCGUGGUGUGGUGCGAGGGAGCACCGGCUACCAGGAGCCUUGCCGGCAUUCCCACACCAACCCAGCAAUACGCUGCCUGCCCCCCGGGGGGCCCUGGCCACUGCGCAGCUGGACUCUGCCUGCCUGGUUUCAGGGCCUGACACUCCAGUGCAAAGGCUGUGCACGAGCCGCCACCCCCGCCUCUCCAUGGUGCCCAACAACUCCUAACCAUUUUGCAAGACGCAGCUUAAAGAGCACUUCUGUGAAGUCUUCCCAGCUCCCCAGAGACAACGUGCUGGCCCUCCCCUGGUUCUCCACUGCACUGGGUCAAGAGCUCUGAUGUAAUACUUUGUGUGCUGGGGUGGCUGGGUGUCCCCGAAACAGCGUGGGGCACUGAACAAAGGACACUGCCACGCGUGUCCAGAUCCCACUCCUCCUCAUCACUCAGCCCCCUGCACCCCCGUAAGAGCUCACUAAAGAUGUUUUCACUAAAAGUAGGCCCUGAGACCUCAGUUUCCUCCAUCAGACAUCCUGCCUCCCAGAUGAGUACAAAUAUUGGCCCUUCCAGUGGACUUGCUCAAGGUCACACAGCUGGCAAAACCAAGAAUUCGACCACAGUCUGGAAAUGAAAUCGCAGAACCACACGGGUGCACAACCAUGAACCCCCCGUUAUGCUCCCCACAAAGGAAGCACCAGAGGAGUUUUUUGAAGCAACGAGAACAUAGCUGAAGCCUCUUUUUCAACAGCUGCCUCCCUCAGAGACACUGCCUGACCCUGGCGAGGGUGUGCGAGAUCCUCACAGUUCAAACAGCCAGGGAGCCCUGCCGCCACGCAAGCCCCUCCUCCAGGUAGGCUUCGUGCCCCCCCACCCCGAGCCCCUCCCAGACUAAACAGCCCUGCACACAUUUUGCCAGGAUGGCCCCCUGGGAGGACUGGAGCAAUGGAUGGAUGAUGAUGUGGGUGGUAUCAGGAAAGGGGUUCCAGGAGAGGGCUGAAGGAGCUGGACCUGGACCUAAGGAUGGGGUCUCCUCUUGGCCGCCCCCUACUCCUGCAGCAUCCCCCCAUGGCCCCCGCCCUUCUGUGCAUCACCUCGCAUUCCAUCCAGCCCCUCCAUCCACUGUUCUUCUAUUUCCCUUUUCCUUAUAAUUUUUGACCUUCCUUCUUCUUCUUGCAAAUUCGCAAACCAAAAAAUAAUGAAUGUGGGGAAGAAAACAAAAGUGGGUAAAAAUUAAUUUUUCCAAUGACGUGUCUGUGUUUGGGAAGUAGUAAGUUGAGGGUUCUUAAGCUGUGAACUCCCCCUCCAGGACCCUCUGUGGUCCUUCAUUUACUGUGAACUUGGCAGGGGGGAGUUUAUUGGCCCAUUUCACUGCAGAGAGCCGGAGUGCAGAGGGGAGCUAAUACCAUACUUUGGAAAUCCAUGGAGAAAUGUCAGUGAGGCUGCUAAUCACUCAGUAAACUAAACACUGCUGCCAAAGCUGCUAUUUCUCACGUCCAGCAUUUUGACUGCGCCGUCUUAAAGCAGGGCCAACAUUCAGAUUCUCAUUAAGCGAACCAGAAGAUGCGGGUCUGGCAAACUGGUUACUCGUUCUUUAUGUUUCAGGAGAUGUCAUGUGAGUGUGCAACCUGCAACUCACGUGGGAACCCAGAAGGCUGCUUACGAAUAACAGAGUUUAAAGAGCUAAAAAUCUGCUUUCUAUCCCAUUCUUAACUUUAUUUCUUCGGAGGAGGACAUUAACAGAAAGGUAACAGUAAAUGAUUAUUUAUAAAAACAGGUAUUUUCAAAUUAUGAUAAACAUUCCACUUUGGAUGACUGAGGGUGGAAUCCCCCGAAAUCAUUUUUUUUUUCCACAACUUGGCUUUGCAAAGAGCUUUGUGAAAACCAGUCCAUCUUUGCAUCAUCUAAGGAAUUUUAAAUUGUGACAUAUAUUUAUGAGACUAUUUCAGGAGAAUAUUUUCAAAAUAAGUAGCAAAUAAAUGGGUCAUGAAUUUGCAUGCACUGCCUCUGAAAAUGAGCACAUUUGAAAACAGUUGGCUCCAAAGGCACCACUGGCCUUUUCCCUUCCUUCUCAGAGAGCAUAUGUCUUGCAUUAGUACUCAGAAAAGAGCGUGUUUCCAUAGCCUCCAGUGCUGCGUUAAUAAAAAUCGUGAUGAUUUUAGGACUGCACCUUCAUUUUUUGAAUUUUCAAAACUUGUCCCUUUUUGCUCUUUUAUUUUCUUUCAACAAAACAAAGACCGGAGAACCCCUUUAAGAAAUUUUAUACAUUCCCACAGAGUCUCAGUUUGUUGACCUUCAGGCCACAGAGUAAAACCUUCCUUUUAAGUCAAGCAUUCCCCAUUGGGAAGCGCUCCAGCUUUUUCUUUUUAUGAGGAAUUUUAACUGCUGGACUUAAUUUAAUUAUUGUAUUUUGUGCAUACACCCAGAAGCCCCAGGGCAUGAGCUUUACUUUUUUUCAAAACUUUCAAAUGAAUAUCUUUAGAAAUGCACAUUUCUGAUGGUAACCUUCCUUCUUCAUUUGUAUUUCUAAUCUAAAUACCAGACUUGGAUGGUUCUGUUUCCUGACUUAUUCAUGGAGAGGCUUCAAUGUCACAUGUUUUUGCAACAGACACUCUUCUCCGGUAGACACGGAAUAUGGUCAUUUGUGUCCUGAACUUGGGACCCCAGACUUCAUAGCAAGAAAAUAAAAACCAUCUCCAGUUGAACUACAUUUGAAAACUUGAUGGUUCUGGGGACAUAGUCUUCAAUGAAAAGGGUUCCUAGUUUGAAACCAGGAGCAUGCUGGCCCCAUGGUUGCAGUUUGCCACCAUCUCUAGUUUCUGUGCCAUAGUCCCCGACGUCAGCUGCUCCUCCCAGAUCUCUCUCUCUCUCUCUUUCUCUCUCUCUCUCUCUCUCUCUCUCUCUCUCUCUCACACACACACACACACAAACACACGGAGUUGUCAUCUCAAGCUACCGGCAAAGAUUGAAUAUCUUCAUUUCUCCUCUCUUAUCCAUAAACAGUUUCACUUGAGCCUUCUGAUUUCCACUUGGAAACACUUUGACCACAUUCUGACUCUCAAAGACAAAAAAUCCUUUUUUUUUUUGGUGUUGACUUAAAACUCAUAUAGGAAUAUUGGAAUCUGGAACAAACAUAAACUUGCCAGAUUCAUAAGCUCCACCCAAAAUAUUUCAUGAGGGUUGGACCACUUAUUAAGUAAGUUUCAUUUUAGGAUUUCUGAGA